CCUUGACCCAACUCUCCCUAUUCCCACCACCUCGUCUACUUCACACCACGAUGCAGCACAUCAAGGACGAAUGGCUGGCUCAAGGGGUUCGGUCAACGUUCUCCAUCGCUCCUGGCGCCAAUAUCGCCGGCAAGCAGGAUACGAUCCCCUGCGGCCUUGGAUGGCGAUUCAGUGUUGAGCGCGUUGGCCCCACGGAGCAUACGUAUCUCUUUGGCCACGACCCUUAUCUCAUUCAUCGUUCUGACCUGGGCAAUCUGUCAGUCCCGCCCGACAGCGUUAGCUACACCAACAUGGUCGCUAUCGAGCAGUCGGAGGUCCUUCGCGAGCUGCCCGAUUGGGGAUGGCGUACAAUGGGCACCUGGACGAUCGUCGACCCUUCCAAGCUCGCGACCAUUUCCUUCUGCGUCUUGCAGUUGGCGCGGGAAUUUCCGGUUCCUUGGGACAUCUCUGUCACCGAGAAUUUCCAGAUCAAGUUCCCGGCUCAGCCACCGACGCCGCCCCUCGUUACGCCUCCUGACUCGCUCGGAGAACGGGCUCUUCUCAAGCAUAUCGACGGCGAAGACGACAUCGUACAGUUCCUGCUUCCGUCUCGCAUCCAUGGCAAGCGUGUAACUGAGGUCCGCCCCGUCUACGCGUCCCGGGAUGUCCUUGAAGCAUUGCGAAUCCCCAUCGCCGGUGCACAAGACAGCUACGACGUGUAUCGAACGCAGACGCCGCAGGACGAGUACGACUACUCGUCUGACAGCGACAUCGAUGAUGAGGAGCCUGAUCCCGCACAAGAACUCGCGGGACAGUCCACUUCCCGAAACCUGGACGACUACACCGUUUCCGUUGGCGAGCUGGCCACGUCGGCUCGUUCUGACGAUCUCGAGUCUGAAGUAUUCACGUCAGUGGGAUCUAUGGACGACGACGACGAGCGCAUCUCACCCGACGGUCCAGCCAUCGGUCUGGAAAUAGUAGUCCCUCGAGAGCCGCGCCGUGGAGAAGUUGUGCGAUUGACGAACUAUGCUCAUAGAACGUGGCGCGCGUUCGUCUUCUACAUGUAUACCGGCAAGAUCGCGUUCAAAAGACUUUCUUCCACCGGCGUUUUGGAUCGCGGCGCUGCUGAUCCACUGCACUGCUCGCCGAAGUCUAUGUACCGCAUCGCACAUAAGGCUAAGCUAGACGACCUCCGUGCCCGAUGCAUGCAGGCGAUCCUGGCCGACUUGACGGAGGCGAACGUCGUUCGCGAGGCGUUCAGCAAGUUUUCUUCCCAGUACCGCGCGGUUCGAAACGCACAGACCGAUUUCUUGGUCAAGCACCUGCAGGAUCCAGCUUGCGGCCAGGAGGUUGAGCGAGUCAUGCAGGACCUCUCGAACAUGCCACACGGCGGAGCUGCCGCUGCGAUGAUCUGGCGCAAGGUGGCGGCCAUCGGUGGGCGUUGAAACGUUGAGCGGUGAACUCUGGUGGAGAACAUUUGCUGUCCUAAGGGCCUGUACAUAUUGUGUGCUAUAUAUCGGAAAUGAUAUCGUGACUUUUACGCGCUG